UUUCCUGAGACGUAAUCAGAUGACUCAGACCUAAUUCGAGGAUUUAAGUUUCCGGCGGUUUGAGAACUUUUUUUUAACAAGAAAACCUUGUAAAGUGAGUAAGCUUUGCUUUUGUGCCGCAAAAUUAAAACAUGCUCAUCCAAGCUUUUAAAAUCUAUUGUUUAUGGCGAGAUUAUUACCCCACUUAUAAUUGUUCUUUUGGUAAUUGAGCCCGUGCGCCAGAGAACUAUUUGAAUAAGCUAAUGCCUCAGUGUUGUAGAAACAGUCAGGCUUCGUUGAUCAAACUUAGCAAGACACGCAAACUUUGUGAAAAUGAACGAAGGUAGUUCCUCUGGCAGAAGGCAAAGCCAUUCUAGUCGCACUCUGUCGGAAGAAACCGAAUCCAAUGCGGUUUUAUUCGAGAGUUCUGUAGAGAAGAUUGGAAGUCAACGAAGUCCUUCCGUGGAAAGCGAGCAAAGCGUUCGCAAAGUCUCCCAAGAAAGCAACCUUUCGCGAAAGAUUACUGGACUGUCAAGACGUAUAUCUGCCGCGUCUUUCUUCUCCAAUUUCAAGAAGCCAGCUGUUGAAACAAAACCAACGGAUGAAAAAUUGAAGAAAACCUUCGAGAAUACGUACCGAUUGGAGCCAAAGAUUCGUUUUCCUGAAGGAAAGGUUCGGGUGGUGAUUCAAGAAGCUUUGGAUACUUUAGACUCCCAUACAUACAGUGCUCAUCACACGCCGUUUCUCGUCAAGUUGCUGACUGCUCGGAUACUGGAAAACGUAAAACAGCUGAACAUUGAGCGAUACAAGAUUGUUUGUAUGAUUACCCUUGGAACAAAAGAGUCCCAAGGAGUCAGAGUGGCAAGUCGCUGUCUGUGGAAUAGCCACUUCGAUACGUGUGUUAGCGCGUGUUUUGAGAGAGAAAAAUUCUUUGCUGUUGGAACAGUUUACGGUAUUUAUUACGAGUAAAAAGCCUCGUAUUGAACAUAACAGUGAAGUCAUUUACUGAUAUCAGUACUCAGUAUUUUUGUGUGAACUCCGGGUUUAAUUUUCGUAGAGGACGUUGCAUGCUGUACCUCGACUUCGGGUAAAGUGACAACUAAUUCCUGACUGUUUGUAGACCUAAAUCUCAAGCAUUUAUCAAUGCCAUCUCUCUUGUCACAAGAUCUUUAUAAAUCAAUCACUCCACAUAAUAAUUUGCUAACAUAAGUGCGCCGUCAAUAAAUGAGAAUAUAAUAUUUCAUCUGUCAUUUGCGACAAAUCAAUUGUAGCAUAACAAUAUUAAUUAAGAAGCUUGUGAAAUUCGACUUAACUAAAUUUUUAUGUUUGGUACAUUUGAGUUUUGGCUUUGUAAUCCUUUCGACUCUAUUGGGUGAAUGUUAUUAAAAAGGAGAAUCAA